AUGUCCUUUAGUGAACAAGAUAGAAAAUCGGGUGCAGACAUGCAAUUAGACCUGGAUAGAAAAUCAGAUGCAGAGAUGCAAAAAGACUUGGACAUCGAGCCAAAGUUGACUGCCGUCUCUUCUUCCAGUGACGAUGCUGAAUCACAUGUCGAUGCCGGUGUUCAUAAUAUUGAAGUAUAUGCUGAACAAUAUUCUUCGCCAAUACAUAGAUUUGCGUUAUUCUUCUCUAUUUUCUUAGUCGCUUAUGCCUACGGUUUAGAUGGUCAAGUUCGUUACACAUACCAAAGUUAUGCUACAUCAUCUUACGCUCAACAUUCUUUAUUAUCAACUGUGAACUGUAUUACUACUGUCAUUGCUGCUGCUGGUCAAAUUUGCUAUGCUAGAGCUUCCGAUAUUUUUGGUAGAAUGACUAUUCUAGUUAUUGGUGUCAUUUUCUACUCCAUGGGUACGAUCAUUGAAUCUCAAGCUACCAAUGUCUCUAGAUUUGCUGCUGGUAGUUGUUUCUACCAAUUAGGUUAUACCGGAAUCGUUUUAACUUUAGAAGUUAUCGCUGCUGAUUUUUCAAACUUAAAUUGGAGAUUGCUUGCUUCCUUUGUUCCUGCUUUACCAUUUAUCAUCAACACAUGGAUUUCAGGUAAUGUUACUUCUGCAGUCAAUGGUAACUGGAAAUGGGGUAUUGGUAUGUGGGCUUUCAUUCUACCAUUAUCUGCUAUCCCAUUAGGGUGUUGUCUAUUACACAUGAGAUAUUUGGCUAAGAAGAAUGCUGGUGACAGAUUAUUAAAAGAAGCAUCUUUGAUUGGUACUCUAGGAUGGAAAAAGUUUAUCGUUGAGAUCUUAUUCUGGAGAUUAGAUUUCAUAGGUCUAUUGAUGUUAUGUGUCACAUUUGGUUGUAUCUUAAUUCCAUUCACGUUAGCAGGCGGUUUACAGUCAGAGUGGCAAACAGCACAUAUCAUUGUCCCUGAAGUUAUCGGCUGGUGUCUCGCAUUACCAUUGUUUUUACUAUGGGAAAUAAAAUUUUCUAGACAUCCACUUACUCCAUGGGCUCUAAUCAAAGAUAGAGGUAUUAUAUUUGCCAUUUUCAUUGCUUUCCACAUUAACUUCUGUUGGUAUAUGCAAGGUGAUUACAUGUACACUGUCUUAAUUGUCAGUGUUCACGAAUCUGUCAAAUCAGCCACUAGAAUCACUUCAUUAUAUUCUUUCGUCUCAGUUAUCACUGGUACAAUUCUAGGUAUGUUUAUCACUAAAAUCAGAAGAACUAAACCUUUCAUCGUUUUCGGCGUUGUUUGUUGGUUUAUUGCUUUUGGUUUGUUAGUUCAUUAUCGUGGUGACAAUAACUCACACAGUGGUAUUAUUGGUUCUUUAUGUCUAUUAGGUUUUGGUGCCGGUUUCUUCACAUACACCACACAAGCUUCCAUUCAAGCCUCUGCUAAGUCACAUUCUAAGAUGGCUGUUAUUACCGCUUUAUACUUAGCUACAUACAAUAUUGGUUCUUCUGUCGGUGCCGCUGUUUCUGGUGCCAUUUGGACUAAUAUUUUACCAAAAGAAAUUUCUAAGAGAUUAAACAACGAAACUCUAGCUGCUUUAGCUUACAGUUCUCCAUACUCAUUCAUCAUCGACUACACUUGGGGAACUCCAGAAAGAGAUGCUGUUGUUUUAGCCUACCGUUACACUCAAAGAAUCUUAUGCAUCGUUGGUUUAUGUUUCUGUACUACUCUAUUAAUCUCUGCAUUAUUCUUAAGAAACCAUAAAUUAGUCAGUUCCGUCUCUAUCGAUAAGGAACAGACUAAAGUUGAAGAAGUUUCUGACAUCACUUCAAAAGAGAAAGCUCCAAAGAAGUGGUAUGAACGUCUGUUCGAAUAA